AUGUCCACACGUCAAAUUGCUUAUGUUGGUGGAGCCGUCGUGAUCGGUGCCACGGGACUGUACUAUGCGAUUAGAUGGCUACAGAGAGCCGUCAAAGACAUAAGAUAUCCUUUCGUACCGAUUGGAACUGUUGCUGAGCUUUACAUAUACCCGGUUAAGUCAUGCCGUGGACAGCAGGUUGAAGCACUGGAGGUCACCAAAUUGGGUGGUAGAAAUGGUGAUUUGAGAGACCGUCAUUUUUGUGUUUAUGUCAAAUCGACUCUAGUUAAUUUAGAUGCUAAACAGUGUGCCUCUUUGGUGGUCGUCGAGCCGAACGUUCAAAAUGGAAUUUUAACGCUAUCAGCGCCGGGCCAUAAACCUGUUUCUGUUGAUAUCGAAGAAGUUAUUGAAAGACAUAAUGUCGUUACUGUUAGAUUGUUCGGUAACGUGCGACAAGCGGGUCUCGACUGUGGAGCUGAAGUCGGUAAGUGGAUUGCAAAUGUUUUGGGGAAGGAGGACGAAUUCGGUUUGCUUUGCUAUGUUGAUGGUCUCUACAGUGAGCGAUGGUCACGUCGUAAAUAUGGAUGGCUUUUCAGUUGGAUACCCAGAAACGAGAAGAUCGCCUAUCCUUAUGUCGCACCGUUCUUGGGCUUGAAUAGCGCAUCGAUUUCGGACAUAAGAUCACGUUGUGGCAACAAUAAGCCGUUUAAUGCCCGAUACUUCCGAGGCAAUAUAGUGAUUGAUGGAUGCUCAGCAUUUGAUGAGGAUUGGUGGAUGGAGCUCAAAAUCGGUGACGCCGUAUUCGACUGUUAUGAACCAUGUCCGAGAUGUCAUGUGAUAACAAUCAAUCCAGCAAACGGCGUGCAAGAUCCAGAUGGGCAACCGUUGCGCGAGCUUCGACGAUAUCGACUAGCUCCAGAAGGAAAACUCCGAAAGCUCUUCCAGCAAAAACCGUUUUUCGGCGUCUUCAUGGGAGUCAACGAAUGCGGCACCAUACACGUUGGCGACAAGGUUUUGGCACGAUACAACCGCAAACCAUAUCAAAUAAGUUGA